AUGACCCAAGAUAAAUUUUCUUCCGCACACUGGGGCGGUACUUCUCACCCGUACCUAACCAACCACUUGGUCCCAAUCCCACAGCCCACUACUGGCUAUCACACUUCACCCCCGCAACCAACGGAAUACGAAACGGCAAGGGCAACUGGCUAUCAUAUCUCGACCGCUACACCACGGCCGACGUCAUUGCUCUACCCACUUGCAACUACAAGCAGUUCCAUCCCACGCCCACAAUCGACUCAACCCCACCCAUAUUCUCAUGGCUAUCCGUCGUACUCCCAAUCACAACCCGUAAAAUACCCACCGCCGCAAGGGAGAGCGCGAUCACACUCAACCACCCAUACCUACACCUCAAACCUAAAUCCAUACCCGUCCUCUCCACCCAAAACAAUUGAUGUACCUUCCCAAUAUCCUGCCUCACCCCCCCGGCCUUUUUCCUGCGAUUUAUGUGCCCUCUCAUUCAACCGCCAGCACGAUUUAAAACGACAUCGAGAAACACACACCGGGGAGAAACCGUUCAUGUGUAACGGAGGGUGUGGCAAAACUUUUACAAGAAAGGAUGCCCUGAAACGACAUCAGCUCGUGAAAGGAUGUGGAAAACCUGAUGAUAGCUGGCCGUAA